CUAAACCCGUAACCCUAUCUUAUUUUCUUCGCCUGCCACAAGCCCACAAAUCGCCGUCUCCCUCACUUCUCUGUCUCGUUAACGUCGUCCCUCUCUCUGCCAUCUCCGCCUAAAUUGCAAAUCGAAUCGGCGCCGCCUUCUAUGCCAUCUACCCUCCUCACAGACUGAAACAUCGUCUCCCUCACCACCGCAUCUCACUCAUCGCGCAAAUCGUCGUGUCCAUCUCAGGCGCAAAUCGUUGUCUCCCUCUCCGUCGUUUGUCAUUCCUUGAAUUCCCACCUUCUCCAUCAUCUGUCAGUCCACUAUCGUCUCUCUUUCUCUCUUUGGACUCAAACACUGGCACAACGCAGGCGGUCUGGAAAUAGGACAUCGAACGGCGAUUCCAGAAAGGGAUAUGGAGGCACCGAACGUCAUUCGUAAGAAUCCAUGGGAAUCCCAGGCCUCUCCGUUUCCGACAUCGAACGGCCUUCGCAGGAAUAUAUUUGAACCCCAGGAUUGUAAUGUACCCCUCGAUUCACCAUAUUUCCGCCCGUUUAAACACCCUCUAAAGAGUAAACGGCUCAGGAGCCGGAUGUGGAUAACACAGGUGGUUCAUCUACCAAAAAAGGGUGGAUUAUUUUCAGGAUGAUGAUUCCCGCACCGGCUGAUGGUUGUAUUGAUCGUUACAAUAAUGUGCUGAAGCAAUAUUUUGAGAAGGACAACGUUGGUGUGGACUUCUAUGAAGCUGGAAUUGGAUUUGGAAUUGUAAUGGUAUCGGCCAAAGAAGACUCUUCGUGGUCUAAAACAAAUGCUGUGCAUGUUUUCCACAAUAUUUACGUUACGUUCUUGCUCCGUAUGAGUUGUUUGAAGAGGCGGUAUUUGAUAAGGCUACUUGUACCAGCUGCACAUACAAAAAAGUUGAUUGUUCUCCAGACAAUCAACUCCCAUUCACGCAAACCUGUUAUCUAUCUAACAGAUAACGUUCCAUUUUUAUCCUCUGGUGAUGUAAUCGUUGAGGUGGAAGAGGAUCGUCUACACAUAGAUGAGAUGAUGCAAUCAGUUUACUCUAAUCUGGGAGAGUUUAAGGUUCAUGAGAGCAUGGUCUCUGAACUCAAAGCUACAGUCUGGAAAUUGGACAUCGAACGGCGAUUCCAGAAAGGGAUAUGGAGGCACCGAACGUCAUUCAUAAGAAUCAAUGCGAAUCCCAGGUAUGUCCGUUUCCGACAACGAACGGCCUUCACAUGAGUGUAUUUGAAUCCCAGGAUUGUUUUCUACCCUUCGAGCUAACAUAUUUCCGCCAGUUGGAACGCCCUCUAAAGAGAAAACGGCUCCAGGAGCCGGUUGUGGAUAAUACAGGUGGUUCAUCUACCAAAAAAGGGUGGAUUAUUUUCAGGAUGAUGAUUCCCGCACCAAGUGAUGGUUGUAUUGAUCGUUACAAUAAUGUGCUGAAGCAAUAUUUUGAGAAGGACAACAUUGGUGUUGACUUCUAUGAAGCUGGAACUGGAAUUGGAAUUGUAAUGGUAUCGGCCAAAGAAGACUCUUGGCGGUCUAAAACAAAUGCUGUGCAUGUUUUCCACGCGAUUUACGAUAUGUUCUUGCUCCGUAUGAGUUGUUUGAAGGGGCGGUAUUUGAUAAGGCUACUUGUACCAGCUGCAAAUACAAAAAAGUUGAUUGUUCUCCAGACAAUCAACUCCCAUUCUUGCAAACCUGUUAUCUAUCUAACAGAUAACGUUCCAUUUUUAUCCUCUGGUGAUGUAAUUCUUGAGGUGGAAGAGGAUCGUCGACACAUAGAUGAGAUUAUGCUAUCAGUUUACUCUGAUCUCAGAGAGUUUAGGGUUGAUGAGAGCAUGGUCUCUGAACUCAAAGCUACCAAUGGUAUUCACCUGUCAAAUCGUGUAAUGUCUGCACGUGGUUCUGGGAUGAAACUACGAAGAAAUUGUGGGGUUUUGGCGUCCAAACCAAUACCCUUGUCGUAUAUUGAUCUUAUCAUUGGUGAAGAUGGUGCAAAUGUUGAAAACAUACGGAAAUCAAGUCCCGCCUCCGUGUACUUGAAGCCGUUAACCCUUAAAGAGGUGACUAUUUGUAUUGAUGGUGAAUCGCAUGAUGAGGUUGAAGCUGCUAAGAAUGCGAUGGAGGUUUUGCUGUGGAAGACAUUAUUAUUUGAUACAUGUAUUUGUGGUUAUCAUUAUCGUAUCGUUUUCCUCUAGGUUGCUCUACUCAUGAGGAUGUCAUGAGAAUUUGAUUCCGGAGGACCGAAAGAAAGAUUGAAAACGCGUUUUCGAGGAAAUGGUUACGAAUUGGCGUCGGGUUUCAGCUAAAGAGAUCAUUUAGGUAGCCUUAUAUAACAAGUUGAGAAAUGGCUCCUUUGUGGUAGAAUAGAGUCUCUUUUUUUUACCCCAUAUCUUCUUGAGUGAUUAAAUUGUAUAUUUUGUUUUAUUAGGAGGUGCAAUUUAUCUUGGGUACUGAAUACGAUUGAAGAGGUAGUUAGAGUAUGUUUUAGGAACAAUUUCAGGAGUUUACUCUUCUCAAAAUUAUCGAAUAUCAUAACACAUUAAAAGAAGAUAAUUUUUGGACAUAUUAAAACCAAAUUGAGGAGAGUAAUUACAGAGAGUAAUUUUGAUGAGAGUAAGCUCCUGAAAUUGUUUCCAAAACAUACCCUAACUACCUCUUCAAUUGUAUUCAAUACUCAAGAUAAAUUGCACCCCCUAAUAAAACAAAAUAUGCAGUUUAAUCACUCAAGAAGUUAUGGGGUAAAUAAAAGAGACUAUUCUACCACAAAGGAGCCAUUUCUCAACUUGUUAUAUAACGCUACCCAAAUGAUCUCUUUAGCUGAAACCCAACGCCUUUUCGUAACCAUUUCCUCAAAAACGCGUUUUCCAUCUUUCUUUUGAUCCUCCGGAAUCAAAUUCUGCAAACAAACAAACAACUCUCCACGUCAACUAAAGUCGCAAAUCAUGUGUUCUAAUUCUAUAUAUCUCAUGCCAUCCUCAUGAGUAGAGCAACUUUGAGAAAAACGAUACGAUAAUGAUAACCACAAAUACUUGUAUCAAAUAAUAAUGUCUUCCACAGCUAUACCUCCAUCGCAUUCUUAGCAGCUUCAACCUCGUCAUGCGAUUCACCAUCAAUACAAAUAGUCACCUCUUUAAGGGUUAACGGCUUCAAGUACACGGAGGCGGGACUUGAUUUCCGUAUGUUUUCAACAUUUGCACCAUCUUCACCAAUGAUAAGAUCAAUAUACGACAAGGGAGUAAUUACUAUGUCCAAAAAUUAUCUUCUUUUGAUGUGUUAUGAUAUUUGAUUAAAAUUAUUUUUCAAAUCAUUUUAUAUAAAAAAUCGUGUCAGAUCUAAAAAUAAAAAAAUUUCAUAUUGGUAUUUUUAAAACAUCAAAAGAAUUACCAAAUUAAAUAAAAUGACUUAUUUAUCAAAUGGAUAAUAAAAAUAGACAAAUAAUAUAUAAAGUUUGAUUAUGUGAAUAAUAAAAUAAAUUUUAUGGUAAUUU